AAGGAAGCGGAAAAUCAAAUGACCCGUCAGUUGCUUAUUAAUUCCCCAAGUAUAAGAGAUCUAGGGUUUCUUUUUAAAUAAAAAAAAAAAUCUUAAUGUUGAUUUCAGGUGCGAUAUCAAUGUAACAAGUGAGACAGUAAGAAAGCAGAGUAGAUAGUGAUCUUUAGAAGUAUCAAAUUUAGAUAAUAAAUGGAACAACCACAAGAAGAACAGAAGGAGGAGGAGGAGCAAGAACAAGAGUUACGGAAGGAAGCGGAAAUGGAGGAGCAGGGACAUAAUCAAUUACAGAAGGAAGAGGAGACGGAGGGCGGCCAGCAGUUAACGGAGGAGGGAAAAUUAGAGUUGCAAAAGGAGAACGAAAAGGAAAAAGAAUUGGGCAAAGAGGAGGAGGAUGAUUUACAGUUACGCGAGGAGUAUCUAGAUAAGGAGGAUGAUUUAGCGAAGGAGGAGGAGGAGGAAGAGAAGGAUGUAACGUUAUUGAAGGAGAAGGAGAAGCAACAGAUACUUGCUGAGGAUUUACAAUUACACAAGGAGGAGCAGGCUAAUUUCAACGAUAAUUUACAGUUACCUGAGGAGGAGGAGCAAUUACCCAAGCAGAAGGAGGAUAAGGAUAAUUUACCGCUACCAAUAAAGGAGCUUAAUUUACAGUUAUCAAAAGAGGUGCAAUUACCGAAGGAGAAGGAAGAGGAUGAUAAUUUACAAUUACCAAAGGAGGAUGAUUUACAGUUGGGGAAGGAAGACAAUGAUUUACAGUCACCAAAGGAGGAGGAGAAAGAGGAGAAGGAGCAACAGUUGCAGGAGGAGAAUGAUUUACAAUUAUCGAAGGAGGAGGACAAUUUACAGGUAGAGGAGGAGGAGAAGGCGGGGGACUUAGAGUUACUGAAGGAGGAGGAGGAUAGAGGUGGAAUUGAACAAGAUGCAGAGGAGAAGGAUUUUGAUAAUUCUGCAGAGUCUGACCGUAUGACUAUUGAUGAUCAAUGUGAGAAGACUCAGGAAUUGGAUGAUGAUGAUCCGCAACUGGCUGAACCUCCUUCUCCUGUUGAUGCUGAUGCUGAUGCUGAUGCUGAGACGGGGGUUGUUGGUUCGGAAGAAACAGGAGGAGGAUUAGAUGUUAAUAUGGAGGAUGUGGAGGUUGCAACUGAGGAUGGUGUUGCUGAUGUGAGUAAGGCCAAGAAGAAACGCGGCAGAACUCUGGGGAAAACUAAGCCUACUCCUCCAAGGAAGAAAAAGGAUGAGGAAGAUGUUUGUUUUAUUUGUUAUGAUGGUGGCAGCCUUGUGCUUUGUGAUCGACGGGGUUGCCCUAAGGCAUACCAUCCAGCUUGUAUCAAGAGAGAUGAAUCAUUCUUUCAAUCAACGGCUAAAUGGAAUUGUGACUGGCAUAUAUGUAGCAGUUGUCAGAAGGCUUCACAUUUUAUGUGCUAUACUUGUGCAUACUCAUUAUGCAAAGGAUGCACCAAAGAUGCUGAUUAUGUGUGCUUAAGAGGGAAUAAAGGAUUUUGUGGAGCAUGCAUGAGAACCAUAAUGCUGAUCGAAAAUAUUUCACCAGGAAAUACAGAAACGUUGCAGGUUCAAGUGGAUUUUGAUGACAAAACUAGUUGGGAGUAUCUCUUUAAAGACUACUGGAUUGACUUAAAAGCUAAGCUGUCUAUAACAAUAGAUGAGCUAAGUAAAGCUAAAAAUCCAUGGAAAGGAGAUGAGCUACCUAAAGCUAAGAAUUCUGGGAAAGGGACUGGUGGUAUUGUUGCUACCAAGGAGGCAUCUCCAGGUGAACUUAAUCAUGAUGAUGAGAAAGACCUUUCUUUAGACAAUGGUGGAAAUGUUGAGGCAAAUCGUUCUAAGAGAAGAAAAACUAAGGAUCAAGCAAAGGUUCUCAACAAGCAGAACUCUCUAGUCAUGGAAGAUUCUGAUGUUGAUGAAGUCACUCCUUUGGCUACAGGGACAGCAUGGGCAACAAAGGAGCUUUUAGAGUUUCUUGCUCACAUGAAAAAUGGGGAUACAUCUGUGACAUCUCAGUUUGAUGUCCAGGCUCUUUUAAUAGAAUACGUAAAGAGAAACAAUCUCCGUGAUCCUCGCAAGAAAAGUCAAAUUAUUUGUGAUUCAAGACUCAGAAACCUGUUUGGGCAGCCACGUGUCGGGCAUUUUGAAAUGCUGAAGCUUGUUGAAAACCACUUUCUUAUCAAAGAAAAUUCUCCAGCUGAUGAGAGAAUGGGAGUUUCUGAUGCUGGUGGUAGUGAAGCAGAGGCUGCUGGAAGUAGUGAUAGUCGUAAUGACAGAAGACGUAAAAAGAGUAAAAAGAUGGAUGGGAGAAGAUCACGCAUAAAUUCUAAUUCGGAAGAAUAUGCAGCAAUUGAUGUUCACAACAUCAACUUGUUGUUCCUAAAGCGUAAUUUGAUAGAGAACCUAAUGGAUGAUAUUGGGAAGUUUCAUGAAAUGGUUGUUGGGUCAUUUGUGCGAAUUAGGAUUUCGGGUGGUGAUCAGAAGCAGAACAUGUACAGGCUUGUCCCGGUUGUAGGAACUAGCAAGGUGGAUGAAUCAUAUAAAGUUGGCUCUAGAACAACUGAUUUCAUGCUUGAAAUAUUAAAUUUGGACAAGAAGGAGGUUGUAUCAAUUGAUGGAAUUUCAAAUCAGGAAUUUUUAGAGGAUGAAUGCAGACGUUUGCGCCAGAGCAUAAAAUGCGGGCUUGUCAAGCGGUUGACAGUGGGUGAGAUUCAGGAGAAAGCAAUGGCGCUUCAACCAUUCAAAGUCAAUGAUUGGCUCCAAGCAGAGAUGGCAAGGCUUAAUCAUCUUCGUGAUCGAGCUAGUGAAACGGGGCGUAGAAAGGAGCUUAGAGAAUGUGUAGAGAAAUUAGAUCUUUUGAAGUCACCGAAGGAACGUCAGCGAAGGUUGCAUGAGGUUCCUGAUGUACACAUCGACCCAAAAAUGGAUCCAAGUUAUGAAUCUGAAGAAGAGGCUGGAGAAUCAGAUGAGAUUAAACAAGGUGACUAUGUAAGACCAAGAAGUACUGGUUUUGGCAGAAAGAUUCUAGAUCGCAAUUCGUCAAUGAGAGAUGGUGACCUAAAUGAUGUAGGAAACAGGGCACAAAAGAAUUUAGCUACUGCCUCAGAGCAAAGUAGAAACAUAACGACACCUUAUGUGGAUAGGGAAUCUAGAUGGAGUCAGGGAGGGGGAGCUUUUGGGCUGAAUAAUCAGAGUACAUCAAAGAGCCAGUUAAGCCCUACUGGCUUAGUAACUAGCGAUUGGAGUAGUCGAGCAGCAAUAAGAUCUGAAUCACAUGCUGGGGUUGCAUCAGUCGUUGUACCAUCGUCUCUUUCCUCAGGGAGAGAGGCAUCUCAUACUGAUUUUGAGACACAAAAAAUGUGGCUUUAUCAAGAUCCAUCUGGAAAAAUUCAAGGGCCAUUUUCUAUAGUGCAACUGCGCAAGUGGAGUAGCAAAGGGCAUUUUCCUCCUCAUUUCAGAGUGUGGAGGACAGGCGAGAAGCAAGAUGACUCUAUCCUUUUGACUGAUGCAUUGGAUGGCCGGGUCCCUAAGAAGCCAUAACAGUAGUCGAGUGCCUGGUGAAAGAAACAGCUGGCUGUAAUGACUGAGGAUAAAAUAUUGGAACAUGGGUUCAGGAAGAGUACUGAUGCAAUUCUUUAUACGCGAUGAAAGAUCAUGGCCUGAAGCCAGAGCAUAAUGAUAGGACUGUCCAUGGUGAUGGUGACAAUGAACUUGCAAGGGAGUUGUUGAUGCCUGCUAAAAUUCCCAAUUUAGUUUAGGAGUUUUAAUCAUCUUAUUUUUUUUUUCUUCAUUUAUGAUCUUGUCGUUAUCCUAUUAGGUUAGGAUUUAUGAUUAGGGUCGAGUAUUUUGACUACAUAUAGGGGUUUUUCGGUUGUUAAAAUGUAAUUUCAGGUAACCUUGCUUGCACAGAUCAAUAAAACACAGGUGUCUCUCAGAUCUUAUUAUUUUUC